UCCAUACUAUAUCAAAUAUAUUGUUUCGGAUGAAGCUAUCAUAAAGAUAAUAAUGAUGAUGUUGAUGAUAAUAUUUAUUGUGGAAGCGUUUGAGUGUGUGUAGGCGUGGUGAGCAGGCAUGUUGUGCUAAGUAAGGUUGUCUACUGGAAAUCAGACAGCUGUGUAAGGGCUUACGACGAGUUGUCGUCUUCAACAACGACAACACGCAGCGUCGACCAAGGAUGUCUACUAUUAGCAUUUUGCUCUAAAUUGCCUGUAGAUGUGGUGAUGGAGAUAACACGAAGUGACUGGGACUUCUCAGAAGUCGCCUGGUUCACUGACGAUGGAUACACCGAUGACAUUGUCGUCUUACGUGAGGACGCUGACAAGAUGCAGUCUUCUUUCUUCUCCACUUCUUCCUUGCCGGCUGGUGUGAAAUGUUGUCUCGAGUUGAACCGACACGCUUUCCUAUUUGUGCCAGCUUCUACAUUGAUCUGUCUCUCUUCUUACAGCUACACUAUUGUACUGUGUGUGCAUCGAAGCAAUUGUUUUCGUAUCGGUUUUGUGUGUCUAAGCAUCACAGGAAGAUGCAAGAAAUGUGCAAUCUCUGAGUGAUUUGACUAGUGAGUGAGGCAGUUUAAAACAUGUGUACAUGGAUGGCAGCUGGUUGAGGAGAGUGAGUCUGUGCUCGGCUAAGAAGAUGAGAACACGAAGUUUGCAUUCAGUUAGAAGGUAGCAGCAAGCACUUAUGUGAAGAUGGUGGCAACUGUCAUCGGGAUGAAGGAAGCCCGGCGUAAUAUGGAG